AUGAUGCUGCUCGCCGCGGGCGGGUGGCAGGGAGUGGCGAGGUUUGUGGGCGCGGUGUUGGCGGUGGCGUUCGCGGCGUUUGGGCUCGUGCGGUUCUUCUCGGGCCCGCCGGCGCCCGCGGCGAUGACGCCGCCGCACCUGCGCCCGAAAAUGCCGUGGUUCGCGUGGCUGGGAGGCAAACGGACACCCCUGUCAGCCCUCGUCCUCGGAGAAGGCCAGGCCCCCGCCGACACCUGGGGCGCCAUCCACCAGUCCGUCGUCGACUUCCGCGCCACCCGCAGGGGGGGGUUAGAGCUUCUGACGGACUUCUCAUACUACGCCCUAAUGCUCCAGCCCGACGGGGCGACCUACCAGCGCCUCGAGGCCGACCUGAACGGCCUGAACCGCCACUUCACGGCCUACCGCGGCGCGCGCGCCAACUGCGGCGACCGCGAGAUCCUCUCCCAGACGACCCUCUCGCUCGAGUCCGCCGCGAUGGCGUGCACUGCCAACCCCCGAUGCACCUUCGUCAGCCGGGACCCCUCCUCAGGCUGGACGUACUUCUGCUUCGGCAAGUACGGCUCGUUCGACGAGUACUCCAAGGGCGGGUACCCGGGGUGGUGGAGUCUGGAGCGCGUCGGGUGCGAGGACCUGACGCCCGACAUGGCGGCGGUGCUGCAGUUUGCGGGGCGGAACCCGGUGUGCAAGCGGAGCUGCGAGUGCCCGGAGGGGCUGUUCGCGCUGGAGCCGUGCUCGGCGACGCGGGACGCGUCGUGCGUGGAGUGCGCGGACGGGGGGGUGUGUCCGGAGGCCCCCGGGGCCGUGAUCGUCGAGAACUUCGCGACCGCGUCCACCAAGGCCCUGCACGCGGUCCCGCUGCCCGAGAGCCUCCGCAGCGAGCUCGGCACGCAGGAGAUCGAGCGCCUCGCGCCGGAGCUCAUGGCCGCGUUCAACCCCGCCGUGUUCGAGCACGACUCCAAGUUAUACUCGGUGUACCGUCUGACCAACCGCCACCUGUGCGCGGGCGGCGACGGCACGGUCGUGCGCGGGUCGAAGCAGGACCUCCUCUUCGCCUGGUCGCUCAUCGGCCUCUGCGAGCUCGACCCGGCCACGCUGCUGCCCGUCGAGGGCCGCUGCACGUCGCUGCACGUGCCCUUCCGCGACAUGCAGGGCACGGCGGGCUAUUUCGAGAGCCGCGCGUACGGGGGCAUCGAGGACCCGCGCGGGAUCUCGAUGGGGCCCGGGAACGGGUUCCUCGUCUCCGGAACAGUCAACUUGGGCGUAAAAGUGAACGAGAACUUCCAAACGUUCGCCAAGAUGUGUUUGUUGUGGCUCGAGAUCGAGGAGGAGGAGGAGGGGUACGAGGGGCCGCCGAGGAUCAAGUUCGAGAAGGGCAUGGUGUUCGAGCACCGGCACGGCCGCGCGCUGAGUCAGGACAAGAACUGGAUGGUCUCGCUCGACCAGUCCGGCGCGGACCCGCAGCCCGACGGCCGCCCGGGCAUCCACUUCGUCAUGUUCCCCAUGCCGCCGCGCGUCUGCCGCGUCAACGUCGCCACCGCCUCGUGCGAUUUCGUCGAGUUUUCAAAACCGGACCUCAUUCGCGCCCUAGGGCACGACACGGAGAAGUACGUGCAGCACCUCGGGCCGUGGCACGGCGGCGGCGCGCUCGUGCGGACCGACUUCGGCCUCCUCGCACUCGUCCACCAGCGGAAGAAACAGAGACAAGGAUCCCUAUACACGCAUCGCAUGAUGCUGUUCGACACGAUCGACCCCACCGUGCCCAUCUGGGCGAGCGAGCCGUUCCGGCUCCCGUUCGUCGGCGUCCCGGACGAGGACGUCCAGAUGGCGACGUCCCUCCAGCCCCUGGCGGAACUCCCCCCCACCCUGCGUCAGCGCAUCGUCAAGGACGCGCUCGGGCUGGCCGGCGCGCAGGCCGCGGAGGCCGCGGCGCGCAUGGCGCUCGUGUCCUGGGGCGUCGCGGACUGCUCCGCGCAGCUCGCGGUGAUCGAAUUACCCAUCGAACAGAUGCGGCAGGCGCAAAGAAGGUACUUGGACAAGGGUGGGGAGGUGUCUCUGCAGCCGGCGCGGCCCGUGUCGGCGCGCGCGCCGCCGUUCACGCUGCGCAACUCGCGCGUCCCGGCGUACGGCGCCGGAGUCAGGUUCCACGUGUGGUCGGGCCCCGACAACCCCUGGCACCACUUGCUGGCCGAGGUGAUACCGCUGCUGGCGGCGUGGACGCCGGAGCCGUCGCCGGGGGUGUCGCAGCUGGGCGAGCAGGAGCCGAUGAAGCCGCUGCGGCGGGGCAACGUCCGGGUGGUGCCGCUGGCGGUGAGCGACGAGGCGCCGCCGGCGAAGCGCGGAGAGGGCGUGGAGGCGCUCGGGCACGUGCUGAUGGCGAGCAACACGGCCGCGAACGCGCCCGCGGCGGUGGCCGUGCGGGCGUUCGCCGACCACCUGCUGCGGCGGCCGUCGGCGCCGGUGUGGGUGCAGUUCUGGGACUUCGGCGUCCUGGCGCUGCCGGAGGAGUCGCUCGAGAUUCUCCGCGACGACGUCGACGACAUCUGGGUCCCGUCCCCGUGGGGCGCCGCCGUGCUCAAGGCCGCGGGCGUCCCGCCCGACCACGUCUUCACACUCCCCCCCACCCUCGACCGCGACUCCCCCCUCCACACCGAGCUCCGCACCCACUGCGGGUGCCCCUCCCAGGGCACGGGCCUCAAAGACCGCCACCGCGGGAAGAAGUUCCGCUUCGGCAUCGUCACGGACCUCUCCCCCGGCUCCGGCCUCGAGUCCGUCGUCCGCGCGUUCUUCGCCGCCUUCCCCGACGGCGAGGCCUCGCUGGGUCGCGCCGCGGAGCUCCACGUGCUCGUCUGGGGCCCGCGCGCGCGCAAGUACGACGACCCGUUCGGCGCCGCGGAGGCCGGCGGCGACACGGAGCAGGAGGUCCCCCCGCACCUCUUUGACGGCGUCAGCGACGAGGACAAGCAGCGCGUGGUGAUGCGGUCGCUGGUGUCGCAGUUCAACAUUGGGCCGCACGUGCUCGACGUGCUGGUGUUCGCGCCCGCGGGGACCACGACGUACGCGCCGCUGACGUGGGCGAUCGAGUGCGGAGUGCCAGCGAUCGCGCUGGAGCAGCCGAGCGCGCCGCUGGUGGUCCCCGACGGCUCGUUCGUCGUCACCGGCGUCCUCGAGCCGUGCCGCCAGUUCCCCUGCGGCUUCGACGCGCCGGCGCUCCUUGGUCGGAGUCUCCCGGAGUGGCCAACCUGGCUGUCCUUCUCGCGGCAGGCGAUGGCGGACGCAAUGGUGAAAGCGGCGCACGCGGAGGCGGACACGCUCAAGGCGAUGACGGAGGCGGCGCGGGAGCACCUGCACGGGGUCGCGCUUUCGACGGAGGAGGCAGCGGGGGAGAUUCUGGUCCGACUGGAAAUGCUCAUUGACAGACUGGGGGAGUCGCUGUGA